CCCACACAUUAUUAUAUGCAAUACCUUCUUCUUUGUUUUGUGUUCAAGAGAACCUUACCUUCCAGCCCCUUUGACAAAUUUAAUCCCAUCUUCUUUGUUUCAAACUCAAAUUCUUCCACUCUCUUUCACUUAUUGUCGAUUUUUCCAACAAGUUUAAGGAGAUUGAAGCCUUAAAAAUUUAGAUCUGAGCCUAUUGUCAAAUUCAUCCAUGGAAGAUUAUUCAUCUCCUCAAAACCCUAGGUUUGAUUUCUCACCUAAGUCUCCAUUUUCAUCAUGGUUUGACCCUGAGCAACUUUUUCAUACCAAAUCUCUUCCGUGUGAUGAAAAUCCCUCCGAAGAGAAUUUUCCUGAGAAAGUGAAGGAAAAAUCUUUGGAAACAGAUUCCUGCAAGGGGUUUAAUGAUAAAGAAGACUUUACUUCAAAGGCGAAAAAAGAGGCAGGAAAGGAAAAGAGGUACAUAGGGGUAAGGAAGCGGCCAUGGGGAAAGUAUGCUGCUGAGAUACGUGAUUCAACAAGGCAAGGAGGGCGUGUAUGGCUUGGAACAUUUACUACUGCAGAGGAGGCUGCCUUGGCUUAUGACCAAGCUGCAUUUGUGAUGCGAGGCCAAUUGGCUCGCCUCAACUUUCCUACUGAAAGAGUACGCGAAUCGCUUCGUCAGAAUGGUGGUGAGUCCUCCUCUUCCUCCUCCACCUGCACCUCCUCUUCCUCUCCAGCUGCAGCAUUGAAAGAGAGAAACAAGAUGAGAAUGAAGUUGCUGACAAGUAGGAGGAGGAAGAAUAAUGAAAAGGAAGGAAUAGUAGUGAAGCCUGGAGCAAAUAUGUCAGUAUUUGAAUUUGAGGAUCUAGGAGCUGAUCUCUUAGAUGAGCUCUUAAGCGCAUCUGAGAGAGCCUCUCAUAGUACUUGAGUCAAUGUACAUCAGUUUCAUCACCCUCUCUAUUAUGCACUUUCAUAUCUUGCUCAUCAUCUAUAUGAAUUUUGGAUAUUCACUUUCAUGAUUGAUUUUUUACUCUCUCAUCUACAUCAAAUAUUUCCUUUCAAAGCACUUCCACUAUUUCCCUUUCUUGUGAUUUUUACAUAAAAGACAAAAUAGUUUUAAUAUUGAUUUAGCACUACUUAAUUAACAGAAAUUUAUAAAAUCACAUUAGGUUUUGUAGAUCUAAAGUGCUCAUACCUAAGUUUAAUGCAUUCUCAGUGCUCUCUCAUUCAGGGAAACUAUCUAAAAUGGACAAUCUGUUCGAUGUUUUCCAUUUAAUCCACAUCCCUGCAAAGUUCAAGUGAAGGAGAAUUGGAGAAACACACCAUGUUAAACCUAAUUGUGACCCUUUUUUUUUAUUUUAUCAAACAUAAGUUAUCUUUAUGAAUUUGAUGACCUUCUUGUGAAGAAAAACCUUUAAUUUUAAGCCCUCUUUACAACCAAAAAUUGGGACAAUUAACUGCAUAAAUGAAUUUUUUUGUAGAGAAUACAAUGUUAUGAAUUUCCAUUAAUGUAGAGAAGGGGAAAGAUUGGUUUAAGAACAUCGUGAGUGUUUGAGGUGAAAUUGUGUCCAACAAAAAGAAAAUGCAUCUAGAUUACUAAAUUUUUAGUUUUCAAUUAUUCUUGUAAAAUCAAAAUAUCUUCUAUAAAUUGAAAAUUUCUCAUAAGAUGUCAAAGGAAAAGACCAGUAU